GGCAACAGCGAUGAUCGUCAACGUCCACAUGGUUCCAGUUAAGAUCUGACAGAGGAGGCAUCACCCUCGACUAGCAAUAUGAAGAUGCUAAAAGUCGCAUUUGUGUGCUUUAUCCUGAUAUUUCAAGUUGCCACGGCAGAAGAGGAUUAUAAUAUUGAUUAUGAAGAUCUGAGUGAUUUAAAGGGAAGUCAGGCUGGUGACCGAUACCAUGAGGACAAGAAUGAAUAUCCCGCUGAAAAAUAUUUGGCAAAGGGAAAAGCAGCAAGACGGACCAAUUACCAAGAUAGCUGCAGUACAUGUGGCAUAGCAUAUGGAAACGGAGAGGAAGAAGGCCGGGUCAUCAACGGAAGACCAGUUAGACCUAUGUACAAAUAUCCAUGGAUAGUUUCCCUAAUAAAGGGUACAAGAAUCAUAUGUGGAGGUGCCUUGGUAUCAGCAAACUUUGUCAUGACGGCAGGACAUUGUGUGUUUGAUAGAAAGAAGGUUGACCUACCCCAGUGCAACGGAAGGAUUGUCGACAGGUAUUGUUAUGUCGAUCCAAGUCAGCUGAAAGUGGGGUUCUUAACGUCAAGUCAGCGAACUCCAUCUGAAAGUGUGGCUAUUCUCAGAAUAAUACCUCAUCCAAGGUACAGUUACAGCGUGCAAGUGCACGAUGUAUCUCUACUUCGACUAGCAAAAACAAUUCAAUGCAGCCAUACUCUCAUGCCUGUGUGUCUACCUCAAAGAGAUUUUCUUAAUUUAGGAACACGGCUCAUCACUGCUGGUUAUGGAUGGAACACACCGGAUGGAAUUGCUGGGCCUCAAAUUCUGAGGGAAGGUGUAGUGUCAGUCAUAGACCCUCGACGAUGCGCUAGACGACACCAACCUAUUGAAACCAUCAAUAACUUGGUCUGCGCAGCUGGAAUGGAAUCUGGACAAUCUUCUUGCUAUGGCGAUUCAGGAUCUGCUCUUAUUGGCAGAGUGGGGCCGAAGUUCUAUGCAGUGGGCGUGGUAUCCUAUGGAAGCUUUCCGAGAUGUAGUGCUCUGAACCCAGUGGCGUAUACAAAAGUCGCUAACGUUAUGCCUUUCAUCAGCCGAGUUGUGAUGGAUCUCCCUAUGAAUUGAACGUGCCAUCAACUUUUGGAUGUCAAUGGAGCAUGGCCGCUUUUCAUGAUGUCCAUUCCGUUUAAAAACGUUAUGUUUAUC